AUGGCAACUACAAUAACUAGUAACUCAUCAAGUAAAGUUCUUCGAAUAACCGAUGAAGAAAAACUAAUAUUAUAUCGAUUGCGUAAAGUCUAUGCUGCUGAUUAUAAAAGUUAUUGUAAACACAUUAAACUAGAACCAAAUAUACCUAUAUCAGUCAAGAAAAUCUAUAACAUCCUAGACGAACGUCAAUCUUAUCGACGUAUCGCUGAUUUUUUUCAUCGAGAACGUCUGAUUAGUCUAGGAAAACGUCGAAAAUCAAGUUUUCGAAAGAAACGUUCUCGUUCAUCAACUCGUAAUAUAUCACAAGUUAAAGAACCAAUGGCUGUUACGAAUUUGGAUUAUGAAUCGGACAAUAUGGAUGAUAAUUAUCAUAAAAAAUCGAAUAAUCGAAUAAUGAUAAAUCAUAUCGAUACACCAGCUGACAGUCAUCUUAUGAUAGACUAUGAUAAUGGUGAUGACGACGACGACGACGAGAAUGAACAAAAUGUUUACCUCUCUGAAACUGAUUCAAUUCAUUUCGAAAAACAAAUUUUACCACAAAAAAGUGAUGAACACAAAGAAUCAAUGAUUCCUAGUAUUUCUCAAUCUUCGUCAACUUUAUCGUCCGAUUUACUAUCUGUACGUACAAGUAUUCAAAAAACUUUACAUGAACUUGACCGUGUUCAGUUAAAUUCUGAUAGUAAAAAAGAACAGCAACAAUCAUUGAAUAGAAAUAGUAAUUUAACAAAUGGAUAUGGUCAACGAAAAUUAGAUCAUAUUGUUCGGUCAUUAGUAACUACUAUUAAUCAACAGCAAAGAAAUGUUCGUUCAAUUAUUAAUGAAUCAGCUGAUUUAUUAGUUGAUGAAAAUAAACGAUUAGAUAGUGCAUCUAUAAGAAAUCAAGAAUCGAUUAAAUGCGUUAUUGCUCGCUUGAAUACUCUCGUUGGUCGAGGCAAUUCUAUUUUUGAUAGAGCAGAAAAGAUUUUGUCAGAAUUUUGA